CGAGAGUGGACGUAGCGAAUGUUUUGUACGAGUUACGUCAUUUACGUGGUAUCGUGUGAUUUAAGUGUUAUGGUGUUUCGAUGGUUUUAAAAUGGUUCGAAGUAAGGCAUCAAAGUGUACCUGCACUCAUUUGUGCAUCGCAGUUCUGUGGCUAUUCACAUGUUUUGAUGGGCUGCGAGCGGUGAAAAUAGUGAAAAUCAGUGUACCGGAUAUAAUACAAUAUGGUGUACAAGAUGCGGUUGUAUUAGACUGUGAUUAUACUAUUGGUAAUGAUACUUCAGGACUAAUGGUGAAGUGGUUUUUCAAGAACAAAGCCAGACCAGUGUAUCAGUGGAUAAUGUCGCAAAAACCUCAGGAUAUGGGAAUUUUGCGAGGCAGGGUUGACUUAACAUAUCGAGCUUCGAACGAUCCGUUAAAAAUGCACAGGGCCUUACGAAUAGUGAAGCCCAAUACCGAUAUAUCAGGAGAUUAUACGUGCGUUGUCUCAACGUUUAUGGAGGAAGAUUCGCGAACGAAACAGAUGAUUGUAUUCGUACCGGAGACCAACUUCCGGCUUAUCCAGAACAAGAGUGACGAUGACACGGUGAAUGUCAUCUGUGCAGCGGACGGAGCCUUUCCUGCGCCAAACCUUACACUGGCCACGCCUGAAAGGCAUUUAGACGGAGUAGUACAUCACUUAAAGCUAGUGAACGGAAGGUACUCUGCGGUUGCCAUGGUAACGCUCCUCGACGCUGAUCUUCCGUCGCCAGCCGAGUUCAUAUGCACUCUGAGGAUACCGCAAGCGAAAUAUGCAGUGCGGAAAGAGGCCAUUUAUUAUCCAGGUCCUAUAAGUACUACACCAGAGAUGCCAACUGCAGCCGACAUGCAACUCGCGGCGGCCGUCGGAUCAAAAGGUUCCAGUGUGUAUACAGCUUUAUCCAUCGUUAUUCUGCCAGCAAUAGGGCAGCUUUGUUUGUCAUAAAAAAAGAGAUGUUGCUGAGGUGAACCUAUUAGUUUUGCUGAAUUAUUUUACACCACUAGUCAAUACUUCCAAAGUCAACGGCUGUCCUGCAUUGUAAUUUUUAACCUAUUAUUUUUAACCCUAAUAUUUUUUUGUUUAUUUCUAGAUUAAAGUAUUCUUUACCCUAAAAUCUUAGCAGUUGUCCAGUAAAUAUUAUAAUAAAAUUAUAUGGAGUUAGUUAAUACAUUAAAAUAUCUUUGUAAAUAAUAUCAUCUAGAGUACACUCUUAUGUUAGUUUUUUAUUGCAAACAAUGUUAUUAAUAUAUUAUAUUGAUUUCAUAACUUAUUGAGCUUUAGCAUAAAAUGUAUGUAUUAUUGUUAGUUAUGAAAAUGUACAGCCUUUCUUAAUAAUUUGAUAACGUAUGAUAAAAUUUAUCAAUUUAUACCAAUAAUUAUAACUAUAGAAUGUAAAUAUUAUAAUUCCCAUGGUUAAAAACUAGUCUAGAGACAUUUUAAAAUAAAUUCAAUGUAAUAUGAUAGAUAAUGAUAACCUGUUUCAUUUUGAACGAAAAAUAAUUAUUAUUUAUUCGUUCUAGAAUUAUUAAUUAUGAAUAUUCUCCCCUAGAUAAUAUGUAAUUUGUUGUAAUUUCAUGAAAACAUUCAAUUGAAAGGCGAUGCUGUUGCCACAAUUUAUAAUUUUCAAUUCCAAAAAUAUAUAAUUUCAAUAAAAUUAUGUAUUUGUAUGACAAUUAAUUACAAUAACAAAUUUAAAAACAUUUUACUUUCUACUACAAAUAUAGUAUAGCUAUUCUAAAAUGGUAGAGUUCUGUGUUAAUAUUUUUUCAUUCUGUAACUAAUUUCUUCAAAUAUUUUCAUAUUAAAUAGAAUAUUAUAAUAAAACAAAGUAAAUAUACUCAGAUAAUUUACACAUCUAGACAAAGCCUCUUGCUGCUAGACAACCGAUGAAAACCGGCCCGGUUUAUUACUUUUGUGUACGUGACAAGCUACGUCUUACACUCGCGAUUUGUAUGUCACUUUGUGUUAAUGUGUGUGUAUAGCCCAAAAUAGAGGUUAACUUAAACACUUUUAAAGGAUUAAAACACGUGUAAUUGUAACAGUUUUACAUUAGAUGUUUGCGUAAAAGUUACAUUUUUAUUUCAGCUUAGAGCCCACCGCCUAUGUUAUGCUGACCAUCUUGUUUUAAUCCUUUAAAAGUAUUUUAUUUAAAUGUGUAACACUCGCGUUAAUCAAAGAAAAUACUAGAGGUUAACAGUCAACCGUAAUUUUUUUCGAUAUUUUCAUAGCUGUCACAGUUCAUCUAGAUGUAUAAAUGAUCUAAGUAAAUAUUUAAAAGCUUGAGAUGAAUAUGAUGUAUAUACUCGUAUAUUAUAUUAAUGGGGUCUUAAAAGGCGCAGUGCUUUAUAGCUAGGCUGUUCAGUAUUGACAGUAAAAUUUCCUUUCUACUUUGUAUUUUGUUGAUGUGUGAAGGAAAUGUUAUGAUAUGUCUAUACAUCUCUAUAUCUAUGUUUAUGAUAAACUUUAAAACGAUAUACGUAUACUGUACAAAUAAAGUACAAGUAAAUUUUGAUGCUUCGAAAUUUCUUGAGCAGGGUAUAAUAUAGUACUACAUAAUUCAUAAAGUUUAACCCCCGUAUUCAUAAUAGUCUGCUAACUUAAAGCAUUGCUAAUUCUCACUCUGUCUUCUUCUAUUGAUCUAAGUCAGAAUGAGAAAUAACACUCUUUAGCAGCUGUUUUAAGUUAGCGGACCAUUAUGAAUAAGGGGGUAUAUGUUUAACGGUGAUAGAUCCGGGUUUUAAAAUACGUAUUCCUUUCAAAUUUAUUUUAGUUUGAACCUGUAGAAAUGCAUUUGAAUAUGUGAAAAUAAAAAUUGCAAAAUUAGAGAAUUUAACUUAUAUUUUUGAAUUUGCAAAACAACAGACUUAAGGAUAAAUAAAUAAAAUUAAAAUAACGCUGUGUCUUAAGUUUAACUACCAGAGAUUAUAGCUAUUAAAAAUAAUAAGCAGUUAAUGAUAAAGGAUUAAAAAUUUUUUUUGCCCUACGCUCUUUAAAUGUUGCUGUUAAGGAAUACUUAUUAUAUUUGCUCGAGCAAUUAAAUAUUGUUUUAUACUAUAUUAAUAAGUCUGCGUAGAAGAUAUUAUAUACAAAACUACUUUUUAAGCAGGCUACAAAUGUUGGAAGUGGGGCACAAACUGAAGCUCACACGUACAUUCCUUUUACAUCGGACAGAUAUUUCUGUAGACGUAAAAGGCGACAAAGUAUAUCAGUUUCAUAUUUUGUUUGCCUUUUAAUACUAAUUGUUUACAAUUUCUUAUUUUUUUUAUAAAACUAAUAACUAAAAAGUAUUAUGUUAUAAAUAAAACUGAAAACUAAAUCUUAUGAACGAUGCGGGACUCGAACCCGCGACCCCUCGCGUUCCGUGCGAGGGCACUUUCCAACUGAGCCAACCGUUCGAGUGACGUAUCGUUCAUAAAAUCUUGUAUGCUUUGUUCAACUCUCACGUUGUCAUAAAAUGUUGUUUUCAGUUUUAUUUGUGUAAUUAAUCCCAGAAGUGAGGGUUAUCACUUUAAAACAUAACAAAUUGUUUGCAAGAGCGACAUCUCAAGUCAAUUUCCUAAUAUGCAAAUACUGGGGCUGAGCAGAUUUUCAACUGUAAAGUAGAUCCUGUAGAUGAAGCCACAACUUGAGUGUUAGACAAUGCAAAUAAGAUUUUAUGAACGGAGUUGGAAAGAGCGCUCGCACGGAACGCGAGAGGUCGUGGGUUCGAGUCCCGCAUCGUUCAUAAAAUUUUGUUUUCAGUUUUUCAGUGUUUGUGUAACUAAAUGUUUAUAUCAAUUAGCUUAUUGAAUUUUCGAUUGUAUAGAAAUCAAAAGCUUUACUUAAACUCUAAUCAUCAACGAAUUGGUUGCAAAUUAUUUUUGUAUUAGGUUUAGUAAACUGACUUAAAUAUUGUAAAUAAAAUGUACAAAUAUUCAAUAUGACUUUGAACACAAAAUAAUUUAUUUUACAUAUUUUUAUAAUUUACGGGUAGUACCACCACUGUCAUUUAUAUCAAAUGGAUAUUUUGAUGGCAUCUAAAAACAUCAACAAUGCUUUAACACGUUCUGAAAUUGUUCCAAAGAACUAUUAUAAAUUGUUUUUAGAUAAUUUCAAUUAAACAUUUGAGAGAUUUGUUAAAGUUAAAAUUUUAGAUUUAAUAAAGUUAAAAUUUUUAUGUGACUGUGACAUAUUCUUACACAGUUAUUGUAUUAUGGAUAUUUUGCCAAUACAAGUUCUCAUACAGGCUUACCCAUGAGAAUCUAAGUAUAAUAAUCAAACAAUCCCGCAUCUUUAGUAAAUUUUGUUUUCAAAUUAAAUUUGUGUAAUUAAUCCCAGAAGUGAGGGUUAUCACUUUAAAAAAUAACAAAUUGUUUAGAUUUGAAACAGCGACAUCUCAAGUUAAUUUCCUAAUAAUAUGCAAAUUAUAGCAACUGUGCGAUUUAAAAUGUCGAGAUGGGAGCUUGAGUUAAUAUGUUCAUGUAAAUAUUUAUACGCAAUUAAAUAGUUAAGUUUGGUUAAGAGUUCGCUGUGCAUAUGCCAUUGUGGAUAAGAUCCAAUCAAGAUAUAAUUGUGAAUUUUCUUAAAUAAAUUGAAAAGUCGGUGUGAA